AAUUGGCGAUAUUUCGAACAGCGUAACAAAAGUAGAGAAACGACAAGAUACAACUGAACAAAAAGUAUCUCAGCUAGAAGAAAGGCAUAAUCAGCUAGAAUCCACCGUAGAGACUUUAGAUUGUCGACUUAAAAAGCUAGAGGAGGGUUAUAUGAAAGCCACAGCCAAUGCCGAGAUAUUCCAACUGCCCCGUCGCAAUAGUUGCUUUUGCGGUCGCGAAAGUGAGCUACAAACAAUCGCAGAGCUAUUGAACAAUACUAAGAAUGGUUGUUCUGAAUCAGCAAUUUGCGGCCUCGGGGGUGUAGGAAAAACAUCUCUUGCUGUCGAGUUUCUCUGGCGACAGAAAGACAAGAAGGAAUAUCCCGGUGGUAUUUUUUGGAUUUCUGGCGAAAAUAACAAACUUUUUCAAUUGUCUGUCAGCGAGAUGGCACGUCAAGUUGGUACUUUUGAUGACGAAGACUUUUCCAAUUCGCUGUUAAGAACCUUGGACUGGCUGAGAGUGCGCAAGCAGCUGUGGUGUCUAGUGGUUGACAAUCUGGAUGAGUUAGAAAUGUCCAUGGAUAUGCGGAAGUUGCUUACUGGUCAUUGGAAACAGGCUGCACGUGGUCAUAUCAUCAUGACCACAAGACGAGAAGCAAAGGAAAUCGGAGAAGAAACGGGAAUCAAAGAAAGCUCUUGUAUUGAGUUGAAGUGCUUGACAGAUAAAGAAGGAGUACAGUUUUUACGAAUACGAAGUGAGAUAACCGGAGAAGAUGAUGAUUUUCGCGAGCUGGUCCAAGAACUUGGCGGACUACCUCUGGCCCUUGAUCAAGCUGCAGCCUAUAUUAGAUGUGUCCCCCACUCGACUGUUAAAGAGUAUGUCAUAAAAUAUAAAGAGAAAAGACUGCGUCUUCUGGAUAAAAGGAAGGCUCGCCAUCUGGUUGAAAAUACUUCCCGAGAGCGUUUGGCAGUUACGACAACAUGGCAGUUAAAUUUUGAUCACGUAAGACGCAUCUCAAAAGAGGAGGACUUAGGAGAAAUCCCUGCUCUUGUGAUGCAUAUUUCUGCUUAUCUAGGUCCCGACGACAUCCCUUUUGAAGUGAUAAAUGAAGAACUAAAUAAAGUGGACAAUGCCGAAGCAGCAGGCGAUGUGUGGGACUCAGGCGAUAUUGUAUCGCUUCUCACCAGGUUUUCUCUUUUCCAAGGGUAUAGGACGAAGUCUUUUAGCGUACAUCGUCUAGUGCAAGAGGUUAUCCGAGGUGAGAUUAAAAGAAAACAAACUGAGUUUCGAGUCCUAUCGUGUGCAGUACGUGUCCUUCAUCAUGCAUUAGCAACGACGCGUUCGCCAGCGGAAGUAUGCCGAAGUUUCUCUGAAAGUGCUGUUUUCAGGGUGGAGAAUCCUCCGUCAUUAAGACUGUGGGGUAAGUUGGCUUCGCAUGCCACCUACUUGCAAGAGCAUUUAUGCAGCUUCUCGAAGAAACACAGAGGUGAAGCCGAGGGCUUACUACACACUGAAGAAGCCGUCCGUUUAUUGAAUGACGCGGGGAUAUUUUUCAGCGUUUCUCAAGAAAAAGUUAAAGCUCAGGAGAUGCAAGGAAUGAAACUAGAGAUGCUAGUAAACCUUGAGAGGUCAACGUUAGAGGAAGCUCCUGAUGAUUUACCACAUUACUUCAUUGACGCGCCUCUGAAACAUCGGAACUACAAAGUGAUAUCCUGUUGUAUGAGACAGCCCCUGUCUGAGGAGGAGACCUUAGCUGAUCAAGAUUCAUGUAGAAUUGGAAAGAGGGAGGAAGCCAACAAACUUAGAGAAAACGGAAACGUUGCAAUUGAAAGCAAGAAGUACGAAGAAGCAUUUAAUCUGUAUUCCAAAGCCAUUGAUUUGUCCUCCGGUGACUAUAGGCUGUUCUUUAACAGGGCCCUUUGCCAUUUGAAAUUAAAUAAACCAGAAAGUGCUUUAGAUGAUUGUCGAAGAUGCCUUUCUUUGAACCCUAAUAACAGCAAGGCACUCCAUCGAAAGGCAUGGGCUCUCCGAGAACUUGUCAAAAGUGGGCAAAGUCAACGGAUAGGAGAAGAACGUGCAGCAGUGGCAAUGGCCCUGCACUUUGAUCCAUCUCUCAAACAAGACAAACAGUUUUGUGAGAUUUUUCCUAAGGUUCAGGAAAUGCGUAUCAGAGAAAUAAGCAAUGAAACACAGUUGGCAUUUGCUUUGAUGACAACCCAAGAUAAUGAAACGUGGUUAUUACGUGAAGAACAGUAUAGUGUGAUGGAGUUUAUCGUCUUUUCUGACCUCCAAAUUGUAGGCCUGGGAUCAAAAACAAUUUUGAAUUGUACAGAGCUAUGCCUUGUUUCCCAAGCCAGCCUCUACGUUGAGAGCAUUGUCUUUCAAAAAGGUAGCUCUUCCUUAACUUGUCUAGGUAAGGAAGGGGCUAUUCACACGGUUAAGUGUGUAUUUUCGGGCGGACUUUCGAGUUGCGAGGACUAUCCAGAAUGUAACGGAGGUCCGGGCUGCAAAAUGUCCUCUUCAGGAAAGACUGCUUGUGAUCGCACAGGAAAAUUUGGUAACUCAGACACAAAGUCUGGAAUUGUUGGUGCUCCUGGAGUCAUGAUUUUGGAAGGGAGCUCGGCACUGUUAGAGGAUUGUAAAAUUCAUAACUGCGGAGGCGGAGGAGCUUUGGUUGCUGGCAAAGGAUCUCGGCUAUUUGUAAGAACAUGUGAAGUGUACAGGAACCACCAAGCUGGUUUGGAAGCAAGAGAAGGUGGGGAACUUGUUGCGUCUAGAAACGAGAUAUUUGAUGGUAAUCAUCACGGUAUCCUGAUUGGUCCAGAUGCGGGGGAAUGUGAAAUCAGAGACAAUGCGAUCUUCGAAAAUUCAAGAGAGGGAAUCUACGCCGAGCAAAACAAAGCCACAGUAAUCAUACAAGGAAACGAUAUUCAUCACAAUGGACCCUUUGGAAUUUCUUUGGACAGUAAUUCUAAAAUUUUAAUCAGUAAUAAUAACAUAUUUGAGAAUGGAUUCUGGGGGAUUCUUGCGAAAUCACGAACGUCAGGGUGCAUAAAGGGAAACUCCCUCUCUGGUAACAAAUGCGGUGGUAUUUUCAUUGGUGUGAAUUAUUCUGGACGAAUUUAUUUGGAAUCUAACGUUGUUCGAGACCACGCUGGUCCGUGGCUCGAGUAUCAGAGUACCAAAUUUAUUCUGCAGCCCAGCGGAGGAAUGGCGAAAGAUCUUCCAGCUGGAGAAAAGGAGUUUUAUUCAGUUGGACCCAUACUUAGUGGAAACGAAGAAUGUAAUAACGAAGAAGGCAUGUAUCAUCCCAGAGAGGUUUUGGAACGACCUUAUAGUGGUUGUACCUAUUGCCAUCGCUCACGAGCUGCUGUACAGUAUCUAAGGAAAUGCCCUAGUUGUCACAUUGCAUCAUACUGCUCAAAGGAAUGUCAACGGAAGCACCGAUCUAAGCACAAGACAUUAUGCUUAGCCCUCAAAAGUCGUUAUUCCGUGACUAUAGAGCUGAUUCCCUACGUACCCGAGACUCUUGGGAAUUCAGUGUUAUCCAUGCGAACAUUCGGCAGUCAUCUUAAGGGUAUCGGAGAAGGCCCUAAACUUAAACGCGACAGUUGCGAUAAGUUUAUCGUUAAAGUUCAAACCGGAACUCUAAAUACUCACCCCCUUCAAAAGCUAACUGUUUACGACCAAAGCCUCAGUAUUGAUGCUUUUAUUCAGAGCCCAGACAUCUUCAACGUGAUAUGGGAAUGCGGCGUUCUAGGAGCUUUACAUAAAUUUACAAUCAAAAAAGUAUUUUUCUGGGCAAUGUUUGCUGAAGGAGGCAAGAAGUUGACAAUUUUUCUCGAUCACCUGGCUCCAUAUCAGGAGUGGUAACGGAUGGUGCACCAAGCAUGGAAGAUAAUAUUGGAUGCAGAAACAGUUUCCUUCUUACAAAAGAUGACUUCAGUAGUUAUUCUAAGUAUUUAAGGUAUUACCAGCAACCGCCCCAUGGAAAAGUUCUCCCUCUCCUGUUUUACAAGAGCUAGUAGAAACUGUGGACACAUUAAGAAACCUGAAUCCUACGAGAUCAACGGUCUGGGACAUAAUACCUCUUAAGUUAUUAAAAGAGAGGCUGGUGAAGAGGUCGCUCCAUCUCCAGCUGACUUCCUCAAUUUGGUAAUAUCGUCAGGGGAAUACCGAACAAACUGGAAGAAAGACAGAGAAUGGUCGACUGUUCAUGAAAAAAGGAUAAAACUGACAAAAAGAACUAUAGGCAAGGUAUUUGAAAAAAAACUGAGUGAUCAAAUAACGAAAACAGUCAACCACCGAAGUGUCUAUUUAAAGAAAAGGGCAUAGCUGUGAGAUGGCACUAUUGAAGGUUGUCAAAGAUUGGAAAACCACACAGGAAUAUGACAAGGUGGUAGGAAUUCUUUUAAACGAUACUAGUAAAGCGUCUGAUAUCCUCCUUCCCAAUUUAAAGUUAGAGUGAAACAAUCAGACCUCUUGAGACUUAGGAGUGAAGGGUGUAAAACGGACUGUCUUUUAUAUCCCUCUCAGUUAAAACAUGCCAAAAUUAUUCCUGUCUAAGUCAGAUGACCCAACGGAUCCUGGUAAUUAUCGUCCCAUUUCUCUACUUUCUAUUUUCAAUCGUAUCUUCGAAAAACUAAUGUAUAGACGGCUUAAAGCUUUUAUUGAUAAAAAUACCGUUUUAUUUAAGGGCCAGUACAGUUUUCGAGAGAAAUACUUGACAC